GUCAUUUCUUGAUCAAAUGUCGUUCGUUUUGCUUUUGGUUUUAUUCGGCGAAUUUAGAAACUUUUAGAGCACUUUUUAACCGUCUAAAAAUCCUUCAAGUAUUAGUUUUUUAUGACCACAAUUUUGUUGCUGUCUGUAGGCUGCAAAACUUGUACGUGGUCGUAUGCUCUAUUGCUUACGGAGUUUUACCGCGACUGAUCUCCUUGGCUCAUAGUUGCCUUGAUUAAUACGAGGUAUUCCAGCUAUUCAAUAGCAGCGUGCUCGCUGUUACGCAAGAAUUAAUCAAAAUAAAAUUGAAACUGCAUUUGGUCAUCGAAUUCUAGACCAGAGACUGACACGUGUAAAUAGUCUUGCAGUGAACGGCACAGGCUUGCGAUGUUAUAAUGUCUCGUAAACGUUCUCGAAUCGGCAGCGACAACGAAAUGAGUGAGAAACUGACAGAAGUAGGCGACGAGACCAAGAAUGGCAGCAACACAAGCUUUACCAGCAGCACUAGCCAACCCACCUCUGAUUUAUCCUUGUCGUUAAUAACCGCAGCGCCGUUCAGCUCAGACCCGGCGGCGGUGGCGGAGCGCGAGCGCUGCCACUACGGCCGCAUCCCACGCGCGGCGGCGCUGGCGGGCGCGGCCGGCCGGCGCGUGCGCGUCUACUCCGAUGGAAUAUAUGACAUGUUCCACCAGGGGCACGCGCGGCAGCUCCAACAGGCCAAAACGGUCUUUCCCAACGUCUACCUCAUUGUAGGAGUAUGCAGUGACAAUUUGACACACAGUCGGAAAGGACGCACAGUUAUGACAGAAGACGAGAGGUACGAAGCGGUCAGGCAUUGUAGAUACGUCGAUGAGGUAGUACGGGACGCGCCGUGGGAGUACGACGAGGAGUUCUUAGAGAAGCACAAAAUCGACUUCGUGGCGCACGACGACAUCCCUUACACCACCGAGGACUGCGAGGACACGUACGCCAUGAUCAAGGCCAAGGACAUGUUCGUGGCCACACAAAGGACAGAGGGCGUCUCAACGUCAGAUAUCGUGGCGCGGAUAGUGCGCGACUACGACAUCUACGUGCGGCGGAACCUCGCGCGAGGCUACUCCGCCAAGGAGCUCAACGUGUCCUUCCUCAACGAGAAGAAGUUCCGCCUACAAAACAAAAUGGACGAGCUCAAAGACAAAGGGAAGAAGGUGAUGACAAACAUAGGUGAAAAGCGAGUAGACAUACUGACCAAAUGGGAGGAGAAGUCGCGGGAGCUGAUCGACGCGUUCCUUCUGCUGUUCGGGCCGGACGGGCGCCUGUCCAGCAUCUGGAACGAGUCCAAGGGCCGGCUCAUGCAGGCGCUCAGCCAGCCGCCCUCGCCGCGCUCCUCGCCGCCGCCCAGCGAGAACGGCGACGACCACGAGCCCGCGCACAGAGGAUCAGCAUCACCGCCCCCUCCCAAAUCACGGAGAUACGAAACGUUAUGGGAACCACAAGCAGGUAACUGGAUGCAUCGGGCUCUGAGCGCUCUGGGGACGCGGAAGCGGCCGCACAGCGCCAGCUGACGGACGACGGCUCAGACAGCGACGAGGAGUACCAGGACACCAGCCCCUACCUUUAGGACCCCUCCCGCCCACUAGUGCUAGACCCACAACAAUGGAACUUGCAUAGUAUUUUUAUACGAUGUCCAACGUCCAUUCUCAACAUCGAAGCGACUCACAGCCGCGGACCGCGAGCGUCCGAUCUCGAGUUUGACUGUUUGACGGCGACGAGCUAAAUUAUUGUAUGUAGUUUCAUUUUAAAAAUUUGAAUGAGUGCUGGUUGAGUACAAUUGCGUGAAUGUAUUUAAUCCUAUUAGUUUUAAUUUAUAAUGCAUUAUUUAUGUUUUUAAGUAAUCUUUGUCUGUGAAAUUAAUGUUUGCAGAUUGUCUGCAAUUUUGUUAGCACCGUGUUAUACAACAAAUGUAAGAUAUUAGAGGUGCAGUUAACUGUUGCAUAGAUAUUAUGUCUAUAAUACUUUUGACAGUUGAUUAAAAAGGUGCUUAUUAUUUAC